AUGUUGUCAAUGUUGAGAGGGGAGGCUUUGCGCUAUGCUCAGAUCUUCCUGAUCGUAGCUCCCUCCUUCAUUAGCUUUGGCUACAACCAGUCGGGCAUGGGAGGAGUGGUCGAUUUCCCCUCUUGGGUCAGGCAAUUCCCCCAGCUUGACACCAUCGAUACGACCGGUACCCAAAAAAGCAACAACUCUACCAUCCAGGGCACUGUGGUGGCUAGCCUGAUGCUCGGAGCUUGCGCAGGAUCUCUUACCUGUAUGUGGCUUGGAGAAAUCCUCGGCCGUCGGAAGACUAUUUUCUCAGGAGCAUGCCUGGGACUAAUUGGACAGAUUCUGGAAUGCACAUCUUAUUCCCUGCCGCAGCUGGUCGUGGGGCGCGUUUUAGUAGGAGCAGGAGCCGGCGUCCUAAGCGCCACUGUCCCCGUGUGGCAGUCCGAGUGUUCAACGGCUGAGAGACGAGGUCGGAACGUGGUGUUGACUGGCGCGUUUAUUGCUCUUGGAUAUACUCUAGCACAAUGGUCCAACUUUGGUUUAUGGCACGUUGAGGACGAACAAGCCUCAUGGCGAGGAUCGUUGGCAAUAGGAGCACUAUUCUGGAUGGUGAUCAUGGCUAGCAUCUUUUGCCUCCCCGAGUCUCCUUACUGGUUGCUACGCAAAAACCAGAGCGAGUUGGCCCAGCAGACACUGGCUGCCCUAAGGGCAAAAGAUGUAUCCUCACCAGAGGUCAGGCUUGAGAUGCUCAUGAUCGAGUCUGCGAUUGAACAGACCGCUGGUAAAUCGCUGGCACUAUCCGAUGUUUUUCGGAUGGGUGAAGACAAAUUCUUAUAUCGCUUUCUUCUCUGCAUCGGCCUGCAGUUUAUGCAGCAAAUGAGUGGCGGCACUUUGAUCUCAAUAUACAUCCCCAUCAUUUUCCAAACAGACCUGGGCCUCCCCGCCAGCACCGCUAAGAUCCUUGCAGCUUGCGCCAUGACCUGGAAAUUUAUCGCCUGCGCUCUGUCUUUUAUCAUCAUUGAUAGGCUGGGACGCCGGGCUGCCUUUAUAAUUAGCGGCGGCGGCAUGUCGGCCUGCAUGAUUGCUCUCACUGUGUCGAAUUCGCCUUCGUUCGCCGGUGAACACGCCGCGUCGAUUGUGUCGGCUUUAUUCAUCUUUCUAUAUACCACUUUCUUGCCUGUGGGCUUUUUGGGACCGAUUUUCCUCUACCCUUCCGAGGUUGCUCCUGCUCAGCUCCGGGUUGCGAUGCAGGCUUUUGCCAUCGCUAAUCAAUGGCUUUGGAUGUUCAUUGUAGCCAUGAUUACGCCGACCGCCUUGGAUACCAUCGGGUACCGUUACUAUAUUGUUUAUGCGGUCAUUGGAGGCAUGAUCCCCCCCACGAUCUAUUUCUUUUACCCCGAAACGAAAAAUCGCAGCCUGGAGGAUAUCGACAGGCUCUUCCGCGAAGCGCCGUCCGUCCUGUCGGUGGUUUCUCGGUCGAAAAUGAGCAUUACUCCGACGUUCAUGCUAGACGAUAUGGACAAGGCGACUACCCAGGAGAUAGAAUGA